GCCCAAGCAGUGCCACCUGUCAGUGUCCAUCAAUGCCAGCUGUCAGUGCUCAUCAAUGUCACCUGCCAGUGCCACAUCAAUGCCACAUAUCAGUGCCUACCAUAAGUGCCACCUAUCAGUGCUGCCAAUCAGUGCCGCCUAUCAGUGCCAGUCAGUGCCGCCUAUCAGUGCCAUAUAUGAGUGCUGCCUUUCAGUGCCCAUCAGUAAUGCCUGUCAAUACCCAUCAGUGCCAUCUACCAGUGCCCCCACAUCAGUGCCCAUCAGUGCCACCUAUCAGUACAGCCUAUCAGUGCCCAUAAGUGCAGCCUCAUUAGCGCACAUCAGU